ACACUCGCUAGUAGAUUCACUUUAGUUGGCCGCACGAACAAAAGUGGGGACCACGCGUCGUCACACACGUUUUUAACUUAAUAUUUAUUAUAUUCAAGAUAUGGAUACAUAGGAUAACUUGCUUCUUUCCGUAAUUGUUGUGAAUAAUAUGGUAUAUUGAUGAUAACCUUUUGAACAACGAGCUUGUUUAUCUAUCACUCUACAAGACGUCGCCGUUUUAACAACAUAAAGUGAAUAUAUGAUAAAUUUAUAUUGAAGUUUGUGUUUUGUAAUGGAUAUAAAAUGCAAAGCAGUUGUUUUGAGUAUUCUGGCUUCGCUUGUUGCAGCCCAAGAGCCAUGUCAAGGCGGAGCUCCUUGUGUUAGAGUACAAGAUUGUCCUGCCAUUCUGAGUCUUGUGAAGGACCAGGCAGACUACGUCAGGGACUUUGUGAAACCAUUGCGAUGUAGCCCAAACGAGUACAAAAUAUGCUGCCCUCCAGUUUUUAGUGACGCAGGCGCAUUAUUCAAGCCGCAGUCAGUGUUACCGGACACCAGCGUGUGCGGGAUAAUGACAAAUGACAGGAUCGUUGGGGGAUCUAUCACCGAGCUCGACGAACAUCCCUGGCUGGCCUUACUGCGAUAUGAUAAACCAAACGGCUGGGGUUUUUACUGCUCUGGAGUUUUGAUAUCAUCGAAAUACGUGAUGACCGCCGCACAUUGUAUUAAAGGAAAUGAACUGCCGCCCACAUGGUUAUUAACUCAAGUCCGGCUUGGCGAAUGGAAUAUUACCAGUUCGAGAGAUUGCGUCGACGAUGACUGCAGCCCGUCCGUUCAAGACAUCAACGUUGUGGAACGCAUAGCUCAUGAAAACUACAAUCCUGAUGACAUGCAUCAACACAAUGACAUAGCACUUUUGAAACUGGCGCGCGACGUCGUGUUCUCAGAUUUUGUUAAACCUAUUUGCCUUCCGUUAACCAAUGCCCAACGUACCAACUCGUUUGAAGGUUACGAAAUGGAAGUGGCGGGAUGGGGCAAAACUGAAACAAGUGAGUCUUUAGAAUCAAUGUCCGAGAUAAAAUUAAAGGUCCGUGUUCCAGUAGUUAAUUCAAGCACAUGUACAAGUAUAUACAAGAAAGCGGGCAGAGUUAUAAAUGAGAAGCAACUUUGUGCCGGAGGCAAACAGGGUCAGGACUCGUGCCGAGGGGACUCCGGUGGACCUCUCAUGGCCUCGAUGCCAUCCGCACAGAACUGGUUCGUGGUCGGAGUGGUGUCAUAUGGUCCCAGUCCGUGUGGCACGUCAAAUUGGCCCGGAGUGUAUACACGAGUCAGCUCAUAUGUAGAAUGGAUACAAUCAAAGAUUAGUCGUUAAUUCUAUCGAAUUAAGACGAGACAUUUUUUAUUUUUUUUUAAAGUGGAAUUAUUUUUAUAUCGUAAUUUUUACAAAUAAUAAAAUUGGAUGUAUUUAAUAUCGAAAACAAAACCAUAAAACGUAAACAUGAUAUAUUUGUUACUUAUAACGAAAAAACAAUUUUUAAAUUUUUUAUCUGUCUGUUUCAAAAAUCUUUGUUUUGGGCAGCCUUAGAAACGGCUGGGCCUAUUUCAAUGGAGGUUUUACUGGUAGGUAGCUGAUGUGUGGGGUGUAACUUAGUCUCUUAUCUUAAUUCUGUGCUGAGAAAGUCAGGGGCAACAACUAGUAUGGAAUAUCAUUGAAAUCAAAAUCUUUGAAUACUCAAGAAAUCAACUCAUUAUAUUAUAUAAUAAAAAACGACCGUUAUAAUUAUUAUUUUCUUAUAUUAUACUCUCUAUGUUGUGCCAUGGUUUGUAAUAAAUAAAUAAAAAAUA